AAAACAAAGGUUUCAAAGCAAUGAAUGAUUUUGGUUUCCUCAAAGAACCUCUAAGUGAUAAACAGUUCUAAAAAUAACUUUUUUGUGGAAUUGAAAUGCACCGUGUCUGUGUUAAAAAUUCUUUGCAGAAGCAACCUUUAUUUUAAAGACUGUAACUGUUAGAUUUUAGUUUUUGUGUGGCCCAAAGAGGUACGUGUCCAGACAAAAUGCACCACCCUCAUGAACUAGGCCAGACUUCUCUAGAUCCUAUUUUUGACAAACUAUUAAUAGUAAGAGCAGAGGGCAGAGGGGAUUAUGACUCAGAUUGUCUGAAUGAUUCACAGGAUUGAGUGAUCAAGAGCAGAUCCAGGGACCACCUUCAUGUUCAGAAAAACAAUGGCCAAGCAAUACAAAAAUAUCUAAAUGCAAUAGUAUCUUGAAUACUGUGUGUGUGUGUGUGUGUGUGUGUGUGUGUGUGUGUGUGUGUGUGUGUAUACAUAUAUAACUUUGAAAAACAAAGUUUAUACCAGGGGAAGGUGUCCAUGAUAAUAUAUUUUUUUUAUUAUUGAUGUAUUUAUUUUAUUUUAUUGUUUUGGUAAAGUGCUAUGUUAAAGUGCAUAAGAAGCAAACAUUAUCAAAAUGUAUUUUCGCUGAUCAAUUAUUCCAUUAAAUGUGAGAUUUUUGUGGCCUUCAACCUGGCCUUCAAAAGAUUUUUUUAAUUUUAUGUUAAUGUUCUGACAUGAGACCCUCGGGAGCCCUUGAACCUGAAUUGAGGAAUAGAACGCUCUGUGUACUAAAUGAUAAAUUAUUGCAAAGCUCUUGAUCUUGUUUCAAGCUAAUUGAUUCAGACAUGGAUUGAUAUGAAUAAUCCCUUGCAGUCAUGUGAUCCAAAAUAGUCCUUGUGCUGAAUCCCAAGCCAGUAGAGCACCUUUGCUGAAAGGUUGAGGUUAGUUUUACACUUUGGUACAAACCGACUUCAGUUUUUUCCUACAAUUUUAAAAGGGAAACACGUUUGUCUCUUAAAUCAGACAUUUUUGGUGUCGUGUCAUCAGUUUGUGGAGCUUAAAGGUUUAUUGGGAUGUCUGGAUCAGGGAGAAUACCAGGACAGUGAAGCUGCCAGAUGUGAUAAUGGACAUUGCUUGUUGAGAAGAAGAGCUUGUGUUCUUUAUUGACAUCUUUCGCGAUGGGUCAGCGACUCAGUGAGGAUUCAGACGAUAAAGAGAUUGAUGUUGCUGAACUGCAGGAGUGGUAUAAAAAGUUUGUGGUUGAAUGUCCGAGCGGAACCCUCUUCAUGCACGAGUUUAAGAGCUUCUUUGGUGUAACUGGAAACCCAGAAGCGGCUGAUUAUAUAGAAAACAUGUUUCGUGCUUUUGAUAAAAAUGGGGACAACACUAUUGAUUUUCUGGAAUACGUUGCAGCCUUGAAUCUAGUGCUGCGAGGAAAGCUGGAGCACAAACUGAAAUGGACUUUUAAAAUGUAUGACAAAGACGGGAGCGGCUGCAUCGACAAAACAGAGCUGAAGGAGAUUGUGGAGUCGAUCUACCGACUAAAGAAAGCCUGCCACGGUGAACUUGACGAAGAGUGUAACCUGCUGACCCCAGAUCAGGUGGUGGACCGAAUAUUCGAGCUGGUGGAUGAGAAUGGAGAUGGGGAGCUGUCUCUGGAUGAGUUCAUUGACGGGGCACGACGUGACAAGUGGGUCAUGAAGAUGCUGCAAAUGGACGUGAACCCCGGGGACUGGAUCAAUGAGCAGAGACGCCGCAGCGCCAACUUCUGAACUCCAUAUUCACCAGAACAACCCUUAACCAGCAUAUACAGAGCAUGCAUAGUUUCUCUUCAGUCUCUUGAAGUUCAGUCUUAGUCGUGGUUCUUUCAAGUGAAUUUAAGCCAUCAGCAAUUUUUUUUAAAUGUAGCGGUGUAUCUCCCAUUUCUUUUUUGACAAACAGAAUUUAUUCUGUCUGCAUGUAAAUAUUGACGUUUUCUUUAUUGUUUCUUUCAUUCUUGUUGUUGGGAUUUGUGAAAGGCUCUCUUUUGACGACUGACUGGAUUCCUGACUUUCUAUUAAUAUUUUCUUUCUCCGGACAAAGUGCAUCUGAGUUUAUAAACAACAGCGAUUCAUUUAAAAUUGGCGUUUCUGAUGUUUGUAAAUACAUCUGUCACCGGAAGGUCACCGUUGUAAGAGCAUUUGCAUUUGUAAAUUUCUCAAAA